AUGUCGGCCAACGACUCCAAAAAGUACCGGAGGAACGUCUCUUUUGAGCCGGUUCACAGCGUGUCAGUCAGAGGUCACCGCCAGCAGGCGAGCGAUUCGGGCGUUGGCUCUGACCAAGAUUCCUACAGCACCAGCCCCGAUCGCUCGGCGCAAGCCUACUUUGACCUGCACAAGGCUCAUCUCAGUCUCAAGGAUGAGUACACGAAGCUGAAAGACGAGCUUCGCGAUGUCAACGCCCGCUUCACCGCCUUGCAAAACACUGUCGAGGUCCUCGAAGACGACAAGGAGAAGCUGGUCCGCGAGAAGCGCACGCUCAGGGAGGAGAACGAAAAGCUCAAGGAGGACGUCCGCAAAGCCCGCUCCAGCCAGCCCCGUGAGCGCGAGCGCGAGCCCAAGAUGAUGACGGGCGCCAUGCCCGUUCAGCAACCACCCUCUCCCAAGGAAAAGACCCGCCGCGGUGAGAGCAAGGUGCGCCGGAGUGAGAGCAAGCGCCGGACCAGCGACGAUGAGAAGCGUCAUGAGGAGAAGCGUCAUGAGGAGAAGCGUCACGAGGAGAAGCGCGAGAAGCGCCACGAUGAGCAGGAGCGCAAGGAGCGCAAGGAACGCGAGAAGGAACGCGAGAAGCUCCACGAGGAGGACAAGAAGCGCCUCAAGAGCCGUUUCGACCACAAGGACAGCAGCAGCAAGGAUGAUGGCAGCGUCUCUAGCGGUAGCUCGGGCCGCAAGAGCUACGUCGAGCCGUACGGCCCCUCCGCGCCUCGAUCCACCGCGGAGCGUCCCCGUAAGAGCCGUGCCGACUCGUCCUACUCCCAGAUCAGACCUCAAGUCAUCGCGACCACCACCAUCUCCGACUACGAGGGCAGCACGGCGGUCUACGACGACGGCUACGCCGGCGAGGACGGCCACUACCACGCAUACCCCCUCGCAUCCCCCCUGCCAGACACUACCCGCGGCAGGUCGCGUCAGUGGUAA